ACAAACGAAAAGUCUUCGCAUUAUUGAACGAGUAAUUUCCCUUGUUUAUAAAACUGCCAGGAAAACUAUCAGACGACAAAAAGAAAAAGGAGCGACAUGGAAGUCAAUUGCAACUGAUCGAUGUCUUUCAAAGUUCAUACGCAUGAACAAUACAAAAAUGAGUGGAGUUUGGACCCCAUCAGAGGCCCCUCCCAGGCUGGACAAGUUCUGCCAUUUGUCCCUGGAUGCACAGAGGGUCAUGGCUGCUCUCUACUCAGACUUCCACCAGAGGAAGGCAGAAAUGACAGCUGCAAGGGCAUGCACAUCAGGAAUCACAGAUCCACAGAACUACUACAGAACCAUUUAUGAAGCAAAGUUUGGAAAAUCGUUGGAAGACAGUUAUGAACAGGCACAAAGGCCCUCCAUGAUAACCAAUACAUCAACACGUUCAGUAGUACCUUCUCACAAUUCCAAAUUAUCAACACCAUUUAACAACGCUUUCAAUAAAAAAUCUUCUAAAUACUUUCAAAUGGAUGUGACACACAAACCUGCCAGGAAACUAAUAUUUUCGGAAGGGUCCACACCAUGUUUAGUGACAAAUGAAUCUAAGACCAAUAAUGCUGUAAGUACUGGAAAUGUUGCCAGUGCUUCAAUAUAUCCUGAUGUCAUCAAUCAGAGAAGUGCACCAACUACUGAGCAAUUGAGUCCUGAUAUCAGUAACUACUCAGACUCGCCCCCAGUUGAAACUCAAGACUUCAGGCUGUUGUCUCAGAUGAACAGACAAGAAGGAUACUUACAUGUAGACAGUGUUGCUAGAACUUCAAAUUCUCCAACGGUAGAUUAUUCUACAUAUGAAGCUAACAAUGGUCAGGGUUUGUGUGCUGAAGACCAAGAGGACAGUUAUUCUAUAAAGAAUAAGGAUUGGGCUGUCAGUGAAAUGCAUUGUGAAGUUACUUCUCCAUCUGCUUGUUAUUCAUCAAAAUCUGAUUUAGGCUCAAAAAGAAACUUUUCAUCAAAUUUGGACAUUUGGAGUGUAAAUAACGAUAUACCACAUGUGGGUGAAUUGAUUGACUCGCAUAUUUUAAAUGAUAUUAAUUCCAGUUUACACACAGAUUUUGUAGAAGAAGAAGUGGAAUAUCCAAAGUUUGAAAUCUUAGGCAAGAAUGAAUUCAGUUUUAGUCCUGUUUCCUCAAAGAAACCAAGCGAAAACUUGCAAAAAAACACUGAUAUAAUUUAUAUUGAAGCUUUAGACGGCCUUUUUAACCAAAAUCUUACAGUUUCAACAGAUGUGAGCUCAACUUGUAAUUUUUAUGCUUUGGAUUCUAGUAAAGUGCUAGACAUUGAAGAGCAUUGGAUGCAUCAAGGUAUGCAAGAUGAGAGUCCAUUUGUUCAUGAAAUAAACACACUGAAUGUUUCCUUUCAAAGAAGUAAAACUUGUGCAAAGAAAAUUCCUGGUUUUCUUGAUAAAAUGUUACCAGAAAUGCAAGACCAACACAAAAGUUCCAAUGAAAGCAAUAAAAGCCUCAAUCCAAGACAGAGCAGCAGUAACAGCAGUGAGUGUGAGAGUCCUUUUGUUGACAAGCAGGUUCCUUUGUAUCCAAUGUUCGAGAAGAGGAGCAAUGGAAGUGCUGCUACAGGUAAGCGAAAAAUUGGUGAUAGCACAAAGUUUGUUGUUCCACUAAAAAAGACCAAACCAGACACAAUAUCUGAUCAGGGGGCUUACCCCACAACUGACUUCUCUGCUAGACACAAGGUUACAAAAGAGAUUGUAUAUAUGAGUGAAGAAUCAAGUGACACAGUCAGCUCCCACCUUCACACAAUACUCAAUGCUUCAACAGUGGUUAUCUCCCUUGUUUAUACAGACAAUACAACACAGCUUAGAGAAGAUCUCUUUGGUCAAGAUUCAAAGAAAAGGGUAAAUGUGUCAAAGAAGAAGAAAACUGAUGUUGGUUAUUUCGCUGUUAGCCCCAUGGGUGUUCCUGGAAACAAUGUUUUUCUGUUCCCAGCAGAGAUUUCGGAUCAGCGGAUGUUCAGUACAUGCAGAGACUUCUGGGGCAGCUUACUGUCCAGUGAGUCUGUGCAGAAGAUUGGUUUCCAGGCCAAGGAUUUUCUGAAGGACAUGCUCAAACUAUUUGGAUUAGAUACACAUGCAGACUGGCUUGUGUUGGAUUCCAGUGUUGGCUGGUGGCUUCUUGAUCCAGACAAUCCAGUCAGCAGUUUCCAGCACCUUCUCAGUUCUCUGUCCAUGCCUCAACAGGCUCCAAAUGAGUCCAGCUUGACUGCCUUGCCGAGUGACAUGGCACUACUGAAUGCUGCUAUGGUAAAACUUCAACAGAAACUACAGUGUCGGGAGUUAUGGCCCUUGUUCCUAUACAUAGAGUCCAGAUUAAUUCCCAUUCUUGCAGCAAUGGAGUUGAGGUCUUUGACAGUUGCCACCAAAACUCUGCUGCACUACUCAGAGUUACUCAAGAACAAGAUGAGCCAGCUUGAAAAACAGGCACAUAAGGCAGCUGGGAGACCAGUGUUACUAAGCAGCCAUGCACAGCUUAGACAGGUUCUGUUUGAAGAGUUAAAACUGGACACUAAACUGCCAGGGAAUGCCAAGCUUGCAAGGACAUCUGUUGGCAGAGAAACCUCAACAUCAGAGGCAGUGCUUACACAAUUAAUCCCCUUUCACCCAUUGCCAGCCAUCAUCUUGGAGCAUAGACAAAUUCAGAAGCUGAAGUCCACCUACAUAGACGGUAUGCUGUCUUGUGUCUCAGACGGUUCCCUGUAUACACACUGGGACCAGACUGCAGCCUCCACUGGGCGUGUGACCUCAUAUCAACCAAACAUCCAAGCCAUACCAAAAGUACCGGUCACCAUCACCUACAGCCUGGUCAACUGUAUACCUGACAAGUGCCAGAGUGAGACAGUGGAGAUCUAUGCAAGAGAUGUCUUCACCAGUCAGGAUGGCUACACACUUGUGGCUGCCGAUUUCCAACAGAUUGAGUUACGGCUGCUGGGUCACCUGUCCAAUGAUGAGGCUCUUAUCAGGCUGUUCAGUGAUCCAGACAUCCCAGAUAUCUUCAAUGCCUUAACUGCACAGUGGCUUGGAAAGUCAGUGGAGACAGUGAGCAGCGCAGAGCGGGAGCAGACAAAGAGAGUGGUCUACUCAAUCAUGUAUGGCGUUGGCAGAGAGAAGCUGGCAGAGUACUUGAAGAUCAGUGUGGACAAUGCAAAGGCAAUCAUGGCCAGCUUCCUAGUAAAAUUUCCAGCAGUGGGCAACUUCACAAAAUCCUGUGUAGACUUCUGCCAUAAAAAUGGUUACACACUGAGCCUAUUAAAGAGACGACGACUGUUUCCCAACAUUCACAGUAACAACUACACCCUGAGAGCUCAGACUGAGAGGCAGUGUGUCAACUUCUGUGUUCAGGGUUCUGCAGCAGAUAUCUGCAAGGUUGCCAUGCUGGGAGUGGAGGACGUGCUGAGAGAGAACUCUCACUUGAAUGCAAGACUGCUUGUUCAGAUACAUGAUGAGUUACUAGUUGAGGUUGCAGACAAUCAUCUGUCGGCUGUCAUAGAUCUCGUGAAGUCAGUGAUGGAGGAGAGGGAAUUGCUGACCAGUUUUGGAGUGAGACUGAGGAUCCCUAUCCCAGUCUCUAUUAGCACGGGCAAGAAAUGGGGUCACAUGGUCCCUGUGCAACAGGACGAUUCCAAAUGUUGAGUACUUGAUAUCAAGCCUAUCAAAAAUACAAAAAAACAUCUAGUUUAUUUAGAAAAAUAUAAUGUGAAAGUGAAUGUUGUUGUUAAACUGCAUGUAAUGCAAGACAUUUCUGUAUGCAUCAAAUUGUUAUUGGAUUACUUCUAAUUGUGAGUUAUUUGACUGCUUAUAAGGGUCGUGCAGUGCUGUUCACACUUGGCACUUUGUUUGGGGUUGUACGCCCACAAAAGACGUUAAUUGUACAAACUUUUGUUGGAAGUCCAGAAAAAGAUUUUUUGUGAAGUUUUGUUAAAGAUUGCUUUAGUCAUUGAUGUUUAAGAACAUCAACUCAUAUGAAUAUUUGACAUAUUAAACAGGUUUAUUGUU